GCAGAGUCAGGAUGCAACAGAAACUGGGCAGCUCCUGAGUCCUGCCUCUCAUCCUCUGCCCUCAUGUUCUGGGACAGGGGUCACCCUUUGGAUUUGGGCAUCACAUCAGGUGGAGGCAGCACCUUUGGGGUCUGCUGAGACUGAGAUCUGGUCUGAAAGGUGCCAGAACCUGCUGUCUCCUCCACCACCCCUCAGGGAGGACAGGUUGCAGCUGAGGAAGAAACUGUGACUUCUCACACAGAGAUGGGACCUUGGUACAGCCUGUGUGUCUGUCUGUCCUGCAGGGCUCAGGGACAUUUUAUGUCAUCUGAACCCUUGGGAACCCUAGCAGACAGCGUUAUGACCCUGGCCUUCAUUUCUCUUCUUUGUCUCGGUGAGUUCUGGGGAAAACAGAAGGAUGGGGUCUUCUUCACUCCCAGAUCUAGGACUCAGGAAGGCCAGUGGGGGAAGAAAUCCUAAGGAGAGAAGAUUUCAGCUCAGCAGGGUUCCAGACCAGGCCUGGAGCUUCUGUGUGGGCAUUGAGGAUAACUCACAGGACUCUCUUCCAGGGCUGUGUCAGGGCCCUUGGGACCAGGUCCAGGCAGGAGUGGACAGCACACCCUCCCUCUCAGCCGACCCAGGCCCAGUAGUGGCCUCAGGAAGGAGAGUGUCCCUCUUGUGCAGCUCACAGACCACAUGGGACACUUUCCACCUGCUGAAGGAGGGAGGGGCUGUGCCGCCGCAACACAGGAAAUCAGAACAGAAGUACUAUGCUAGGAGAUGGCGGCAGGUGGCCAUCUUCCCCAUGGGCCAUGUGAACACCUCCCAUGGGGGGACCUACAGAUGCUAUGGUUCCAACAGCUCCAACUCCAAUGAGCGGUCACAGCUUAGUGCCCCUCUGCACCUCGAGAUCACAGGUGUGUACAGGGAGCCCUCACUCUCAGCCAAGCCAGGGCCCCUGGUGCUGCCAGGAGACAACCUGACCUUCCAGUGUCGCUCUGAGGCUGGAUUUGACAGAUUUGCUCUGAUAAAGGAUGAAGGGCCCACACCCCCCCAGCAUCUCCAUGGGCAGCACAGCUCUGACUUCCCCCUGGGCCCUGUGAACCUCUCCCAUGGGGGCUGGUACUGGUGCUACAGUGGUCACAACCUCUCCUAUGUGUGGUCGGCCCCCAGCGCCCCCCUGGAAAUCCUGAUUGCAGGAAUGUACAGGAAACCCUUUCUCUCGGCCCAGCCUGGGCCCUCAGUGCCCUGGGGAGCCAACGUGACCCUGCAGUGUCGAUCUGAGGUCAGGGCUGACACCUUCCACCUGCACAGGGAGGGGUCCCUGUAUCCUCCUCAGCAGCUUCGUCUGCAGGAUAUGGCUGUCCCCUUUGAGGCCUACUUCACCAUCAGCCCGGUGACCUUGGGCCACAAUGGGACCUACAGGUGCUACAUCUCACGCAGCUCCUCCCCCUUCCAGCUGUCACAGUCCAGUGACCCCCUGGAGCUCCUGGUCUCAGGCUCAAACACCCAAGACUACACAGUGGGGAACCUCAUCAGAUUGGGUGUGUCUGGCUUGGUCCUCAUGGUCCUCGGGGUGCUGCUGUGUGAAGCUUGGCACAGUCAGAGAAGACCUCACAAUGCAGCCAGCAGCUGAACACAAGGGACAACAAACCCACCAGUCAGUGAGGUGGAACCUGGUGAAGAGUCUGAUGAGCCCAAGAAGCUCUGGAGGAAACUGUGGGCACCUGUGGGAAAGAGUCUGCUGAGAAUGUGGAGGGUAUGGGUGUGGUUCCCAUGCAGGGAGAGGUGGGGCUGCUGCUGCAGAGGCUUCUCCACAGUUAGACUGUGGGUGUCUCACCUCACUUCACUUCUCCGUUUCCUUGACUGGCCCCUCUGUUGUCAACCCCGUGACCUGGAGCUCAGCCCACAUCACAGGUUCAGACCCACACCUGGGCUCACCCUCCAUGUUUGGUCCAAUUUCAUGUAGGACAUUUUUCUCAUUUUUAUUCUCCACAUUCAUUCAUUUUGCAUCUCUUUUGGUCAGAUUGGUCAGAUGCAGAUAUCUUUUUUAAACAACUGAAUAAAUGGAUAAAUAUCAAAAAUA